CCAGCCUCACAGCCACUCAGGAAAACUUAUCUACCUACUGUGUGUGUGACUUCUCACAGUCUCAUCAGCCUCUAGCAAGAAAACAUGGGCAGACAGAAGUUGUAUUUGGACAAACUGUCCCGGUUCUUCCAGAUCCGUAAUAUGCUGCUUCGGCAAGCGUUGGCAGAGUGUCUUGGCACCCUCAUCCUUGUGAUGUUUGGCUGCGGUGCUGUGGCCCAGCUGGUGUUGAGUGGCGGUUCACAUGGCAUGUUCCUCACCGUCAACUUUGCCUUCGGCUUCGCUGCCACCCUGGGCAUCCUGGUCUGUGGCCAGGUAUCAGGUGGCCAUCUGAACCCCGCAGUGACCUUUGCCCUGUGUCUACUUGGAAGAGAGCGCUGGAGAAAAUUCCCCAUGUACUUCCUCUUUCAGACAAUCGGUUCAUUUUUUGGUGCCGCCAUCAUUUUUGGCAUGUACUACGAUGCCCUGUGGGACCAUCCUGGAUGUUUCAAUGUGACUGGGCCUAAUGCCACAGCUGGCAUCUUUGCCACCUACCCUGGAAAACAUCUCACCAUUGUCAAUGGCUUCUUUGAUCAGAUAAUUGGCACAGCAGCGCUAAUAGUUUGUAUUCUGGCUAUUGUGGAUCCGUACAACAACCCCAUCCCCCAAGGGCUGGAGGCUUUCACUGUGGGAUUUGUGGUUCUGGUUAUUGGAUUGUCUAUGGGCUUUAACUCAGGCUACGCUGUCAAUCCUGCCAGAGAUCUCGGACCACGUAUUUUCACCUCUAUGGCUGGGUGGGGCAGUGAAGUUUUCACGGUUAGAAAGGGCUGGUUCCUGGUGCCCACUUUUGCCCCAUUCCUUGGCACCUUCAUUGGCGUGAUCAUCUACCAGUUGAUGGUUGGCUUCCAUGUGGAGGGAGAAGUACGUGACAAAAAGACCUUAGAGGAGGAAAAUGUCCGACUCACCAAUGUCAACGCCAACAACACCAAGGCUACCAAAGAAAUGCACUGAGUGUGUCAGAGAUAUCCCGCUACACACACUAAAAGAUGCACAUUCUGUAAAUACACACACCAACAUUUUUCCUUCCACAACAGUGGUAGCCACAACUGUUAUUUAACAGACCAUCUUUACAGGUGUUGGGAUAUCUCCCAAUAUAACUGUGUGUAUGUGAAAACAGGCCACUCUCUUUACAUUAUCAUGUGAUUGUAUUGUAUGGUAGAGGAACAAUUGUAUAUGAGUGUAGAGGAGCGUAACACGACUUCAGAAACACAGAAUUACAUUAAUUCUAAAGAGAUGAACAUUUGGCUCUUAGUGUCUAUCACACUCUGGUUUAAACAGUAUUGUAUGCUCCAUACUAAUGUAGUGUUAUAUCACUUUUUUUAAAUAGUUUUGCACACUUAUAUGCAAUAGACAUACCUAGAGAGAUGCACAUCUUUCCAAAAGAAUUUCUAUGCAUUUUGUUAGUCCGGAGCCUUUCAAUGGUAAGAUUUGAAUUCAGGGAAAUUGCCAGAAAAUUGGGAAAUUAAAAUUUAAAACUUGGAACCUGGAUGCUCAAAUAACUGUCAGUGAAUACCUGCUUGAGAAUAUAGCACACCGAGAGAAAUGAUAAUAUCUAUGUAGACCGCUCUUGUUUAGAGCUGACAGAUGGUGGUGAGGCUGCAUCCUUCCCACAGCAUUCUUCACUUCACCAGUGCCAUCUUAAAGCGGCCAUAUUAAAGCUGCUGUCUUUUUAUAUACUCUCUUUGCCCUGUAAAAGGCCUGACCAGCAAUUCCUAAACAAGCUCACAAACUAUUGUGAUGUCAUCGACUACCAAACUUGACUAUUUACCCUUUGCAUGAACCAAGUGCUUUCGAAAGCCAUUGUGGCCGUGUAGUUUCAUGUUUGAAAAUAUCAGAUGUAUGUUAACAGUUAUCUUAUUUGUACAGCAACUAAAAUCGUUAUGUUCAUUUGUUAUGCCUGUUCACGUGUUUGUUUCUUGUGUAUGACUCCAUGAUUGGGUGCUAACCUGGACUGUGAGCACCUUUAUAUUUUGUAUGUAGGUUGAGUGGAAAUGCUUUUGUAUUGAUACAAUAAAGUUUUGUUUUUUAUUGUUGCAGG